CGCUACCAGUCACAUGAUAGACACAGUACGAGAAACGGAAGGACUUGUAUGUACUCUAAAAAUUGAAGAUGACUACUGCACUGACACAAGGCCUGGAGAGGAUCCCCGACCAAAUUGGAUAUCUAGUGAUCAGCGAGGAAGGAGUCCUAGCUUCAUCAGGCGAGCUAGAGAAUGACGAGCAAACCGCCGGGGUCAUUAUGCAGAUGGUGCAGACCGCCUGCAAAUUCCGCCUGAACGGCGCGGCAGAGCCACCCUUCAAACGGAUGUCAGUGAUGUUCGAGGACCACGCCUACUUGGUGACAGUGUCCGGGCAGAAGGUCUUCGUGGUCAAACGGCAGAACAACCAGCGCGACCCGGUCAAUGUGUAGCUAAAACGUGGCAAGAGAGACUGUAAUUAUGGUGGGGGACUGUGGCUGCACAUUCGGAAGAGACCAGGCAGAUGCUGAAAGAACGGAAUUCAUAUUUCAGACUGAAGCGAUAUGUUCCACUCUCCAUGAUAUUUUUUUUACUCAAGAGUGUUAGAGUGUGGCAGCUGGCAACCAGUUAUUAACUGUUCUUGUGUUCUCUACCAGAGGUGCAGUAAGGUAGGAGGUGAAGAGCUUUAUUGAAAUGUUUGGAUUUUUGAAUUGAGCUUUGCUGAUAUUACAAGCCUGACCCCUUGUGGCCGGAUGUGUGAGAAGACAUCAGUAAAACCUCUCAUGAUUGAAGGCCACAAACCCUCAUUGGGCCUUCGUGUCGUUUAACUGCAGCCUUUUUUUGUGAUGCUGUUGCUGAUCGCAGAUAAAAUAUUUUGUCUGUUGGUAGUUUUGACAAAACAAACUGUAAUUUCAUGUCUAAAAAACUAAUCAGGGGUAAGAGCCAAGUAGUUUUCUCCGUAAAUUUCGAUUUGUUUUGUGGAAAACAACUACAGGCAGUGUAGUUGUUUGGAUUAAUGAUUAAUUGUUACUGGCUUCAAGGAAUGCAAAGUACUUUCUGCAGUAUGAACUAAUUCUCAGUGAACAUACGAAAGAACAUACCCACAGAGACUUAGGUGAUGCCCAGUGCCCUAGAACUCGGUCUCAGUGGGAAACAUUUUAUAAUAGAAAAACAUAAAAUACUGUACAGUAAGUGUUGCUAUAACAGUCCCAUGGUACCAAACAUAAGGGUUUUCUCUCUGUGGAUUAAAAACUUACUGCAAUUUAUCAUUUUAAUAAUAAACAU